AUGGACAGUGAAAACCACACCAGAUUGACACAUUUCCACUUCCAUCCUUUCUCAACUCUCCCAGAGAUGCAGCUGUUGAUUUUCGUCGCUUUUCUGCUUUUUUAUCUACUCAACCUUUUGGGGAACUCUGCUGUUGUGCUCAUUGUCCAUGCAGAGUGCACCCUCCCCACUCCCAUGUAUUUCUUGGCUAAUCUGGCAGUUCUGAAGAUUGCUUACUCUUGUGUCAUUGCCCCACUCACUCUGGUCAAUCUUCUAUCUGUGCAAAAAGUCUCCAACUCUUUGGCAGGAUGUGGCACACAAAUGUUCUUCUUUAUCUUCUUGGGAGGUGGAGACUGUGUUCUGUUAUCUGUUAUGGCAUAUUACCACUAUGUGGCAAUCUGUCACCCGCUGCACUACACUGGCAUUAUGAGCUGGAGAAUGUGCGUGAGUCCUGCAGCUGGGACAUUGGCCAUGAGUUGCUUGUUUGGCAUUCAGCUCUCUAUCCUGAUAUUGCACCUUCCAUUCUGCAGCAAUGAUGAGAUCAAUAACUUUUUCUGUGACUUUGCUGCGGUCCUGAAACUAGCAUGUAAUGACACCCAUAUCCAUCAGACUAAUUGCCUGCAACUGGUGCAGCAACAGCAAGUUGUAUAG